AGAUUGUCUAUCAAUGAAGUAGUAAAAGGGGGAACAUCUGUGGAAGAGGAGAAAGAAAGAAAGGGCUCAAGGGGAAAACUGUUUCUGAUUGUUUUGAGUGGGUUCCCUGCUUUUACUUACUGAAUUCAAGUGGUGACCAAUACACAGAAGAAGUCAAAAAUGAAGAUCAUCAUCGGCAUUGGAGGAGUGACCAACGGUGGGAAGACCACUUUGACAAAUAAACUACUAAAGACAUUGCCUAACUGUUGCGUGGUGCAUCAGGAUGACUUUUUCAAGAAACCCAAUCAAAUAGAAGUCGGGGAGGACGGCUUUAGACAGUGGGAUGUCAUCACCGCUCUGGACAUGGAGGCUAUGGUCAGCACAGUGAAAGGCUGGCAGGAGAAUCCAAUUAAGUUUGCCCGCUCACACGGUGUCAACCUCUCAUCUGACACGGAGGAAGCUGACUCAGGGUCCAUCCAUGUUCUCAUCGUGGAGGGGUUCCUCAUCUACAACUACAAGCCUCUCAUUGACGUCUAUGACAAAUGUUUCUACAUUUCCAUUCCUUAUGAGGAGUGCAAAAGGAGGAGAAGUACGAGGACAUACACAGUCCCCGACCCACCCGGUCUGUUCGACGGCCACGUCUGGCCCAUGUACUUGAGACACAGGAAAGAGAUGGAUAACAACUGCAGCACAAUAGAGUACCUUGAUGGGAUGACAUCGAAGGAAGAAAUCUACAACAAAGUCUAUGAAAGUAUACAAAACUCCCUGCUGAACAACUUAUAGCAGGACGCGCUGACAGCAGAGUUGUGUAUAGACUUGUAAAUAUCAUUUUGAGUAAACGUUUAACACCGGUGCCGUACUUCUAGCCUGAUUUGUAAAUAGAUAAACAUGUAACUAAUCGAGAAUUAAUGGCAGAAGUCUUGUGUUUUAUAUAAUCCUGUAUAACUUUUUCUAAAAGAUAAGCCACCUUUGAAUUGUCCAGUGCUUAACACCAGUAACUGAUAUCCACACUGAGACUCUGUUGUAUGUGAAAGUGGAAAAGUCCACUGAGAAGAAGGAUUUGUGUCACCUUCAAAAAAACCCAACUUCAAUCAA